AUGGAUGCAGAAGACGAUGAAGAUUUGAUUGAGCGUGUCUCGGAUGACGAGGAUGCCAUGGUGGAAGAUGACAACGGCGGCGGUCGACAGGCUAAAUCACGGAGCUCUCGGGACGAUGCAGAUGAUGAGCCACCGUUGGAAGGAUACGAAAGAACAGAGAUGAUUGGACAAGGAGCCUACGGGAUUGUGUACAAGGGGAAGAAGGAAGAUACUGGGGAUGUUGUAGCCAUUAAGCGCAUCCCUUUCUCGGAUUCCACACCAGAAGGAGGUGUCCCGUGUAACGUCAUCCGUGAGAUUAGCUUGCUACGAGAACUGGAUCAUCCCAAUGUGGUCCGGCUUUUUGAUAUCAUCCAAGCUCAGCCAGGUGGUCUCUACCUUGUAUUUGAGUUUGUUGCUUACGACUUAAAAACAUACAUGGAUAAGUGUCAGAAAAGUGACGAUAUCACCGAACGGGUUGGAUUGCCUGUCCCCACGGUCCGGUCUUUUUUGAGGCAAAUUAUUGCGGGGGUUGGAUGCUGCCAUACCUAUCGUAUUUUGCAUCGUGAUCUCAAACCUCAUAAUUUGCUGAUUACGGCCGAUGGAAAGCAGGUUAAAUUGGCGGAUUUUGGUUUGGCGCGGCUCUCUGCCAUUCCCAAUGGUCCCUACACAUUUGAGGUUGUCACAUUGUGGUAUCGUGCUCCAGAGCUACUCUUGGGUGCCAAUCGAUAUUCUACUUCAGUAGAUGUCUGGUCCAUCGGAUGUAUCUUUGCCGAAAUGGCCAGUGGUAUGCCUCUCUUCCCAGGACGUUCGGAUAUUGAUCAAGUAUUCAAAAUCUUUCAGCGUCGUGGAACACCCACAGGAGAAAUGUGGCCACAAGUAUUGAGAUUGCCGCAUUACAAUGCCGAGUUUCCGCAGUGGAGGGAACGGCCCAUUACCGAUUUUGUCCCGAUUCAGGGACUGGGAGGAACUACAGGUGCUGAUUUGUUGAACAAGCUAUUGUUGUACGAUCCAGAUCGACGCAUUGCCUGCAAAACUGCUCUUCAGCAUCCAUACUUUAUGCAACAAGACUAG